UGUUUUCCCCCACGGGCUAAAUUCACAUCACGUGACGGGGUGUUCCCAGACCAACCGUAUCUAUCGCUCUUUGUCAGACACGUGGUUUUGUUGUGUGUGACGUCACCGCGGCGCCAUUUUUGAGGUAUGGCUAUUGACUGAAACAACCACGAUUACAAGAAUAUAAGUAAAUAAUAGAAUAAAUAACUAAAAUAAGUACAGAUAACUAUCUAGAUAAUAAGUAAAUAUAACUCGCAAACCUGUAGAAGCAAAGGAAGAUUGAGAAAAGGCCGUACCGAGAUAAAUUCAAUAAAGAUGCCAGAGACCAUUAUAUGGAGAAAUUGUCAUCCAUUCAUAACAUCACAGGCGUAACUAUCGGUAAGCAGGGUAAGCGGUUGCUUACGGGCCCGGACCAAUCAGGGGCCCGCCCACGUUACUGGAAGAUUUUGAUUGACAGCCUGGUCCCCCUAUCGCAUUUGACUACUUUUAGUUUGAUCGCAUUUAAAUUUUUUGCGAAUUGAUUUGAAUAAAUGAUGACAAAAGCAUAUUUGACUGAAAAUUAAAUAAAUUUUUGAAACGAACAAUGAUAAAUUUGGUGUAAUUUGUUUCUAAUUGGAACUGGGGAAUCCCCAGGUGAACAUGGCAUUGCGUGUAAAACAGUAAAAAAAACGUUGAACUUGAGACAGACAUGGAGUCGUCAAAUUAUAAACACAAAAGUGGUUUGCACUGCUUUCAUGAUUUUUCUGACCAUCCCAGUGACAGUGGCCUCUGCAGAGCGUUCUUUUCCAAAACUAAAACUGAUAAAAAGCUAUCUCAGGAGCUCAAUGGGACAGAGUCGUCUCUCUGGACUUGCCAUAUAAUACUGUCAACUGAGAAUGCCCGUGCGCGCAAUCUGGACCUUAAGGAUAUGAUCGACAACUUCGCACAGAGGACAAUUUAAAUCCAUUUAUAUUACAACAAAAACCUCCAACAACACUGAAGUAAAGAUGGUGGUUUUACAUCUGAGACAUCAGCGCUACAUUACUGCACUCCUGAGCUCCACUACCAUCUUGUUACUUCUGUACUUUCAAAACUCUCUGUUGGUUUUCACCUACAGUUCUCACAGUUUCAUCUCCAAGAAAGUUCAGUGUGAUUGCAGUAUUUGUGUGACAGACCGAGAAAAUAGUAACUGGUUCAGUGAGCGAUACGACCCCAACAUUUCAGUUCUGCUCAACAGCACCAACAGUGUGUUACAUGCAAACAUCUCCAGGUGGUGGAUGGAGCUACAAUCAAAUCCCGGCAACUACACAGAGGUGGUGGAUCAGUUGUUUUCUCUCUUCCCUGAUAAAGAGCACUACUCAGAUACCGGUCCAGACCGCUGCAGAACCUGUGCUGUGGUGGGAAACUCUGGGAACCUGCUGGGAUCAAAGUAUGGGCCUCUCAUAGAUUUCCAUGACUUUGUCAUAAGGAUGAAUAAAGGCCCGACAGAAGGUUAUGAGAAGGAUGUAGGGUCAAAGACGACUCACCGGAUUGUGUAUCCCGAGAGUGCCAUGGACUUAGACAACUCCACUCAUCUAGUGCUUCUUCCCAUUAAGAUUCUGGACAUUCAGUGGCUCAUCAGUGCCUUCACCACUAGACACAUCACACAAACAUACACAGACGUGCCAGCCACAAUCAAUGCAAAUAAGGACAAGGUGAUGAUCCUCCACCCAGAAUUCAUAAGAUAUGUUUAUGAUAACUGGACAAGAGGGCAGGGCCUAUAUCCAUCCACUGGUUUCUUAACACUGAUAUUCGCUCUUCACAUCUGUGACGAGGUGAGUGUGUUUGGGUUUGGAGCUACGAGUGAUGGAAUCUGGCAUCAUUAUUUUGAAGAAACAUUGACUUCAUACGAGAGCGGCGUUCAUGCUGGAAUAUUUGAAAAUGAAACAAUCUAUCGGCUCCAACAGGAAAACAAGAUUUUGAUGUACAAAGGUUGGACAUGAAACGGAAAGGCAGAAUCACCCCCUUAGUACAGCACAAUACUGCACUGCAAAAUGUAAUAUUGAAUUUCGCAGAUGUGUAGCAAAGCCUUUCAGCUGAGAUUCCUACUGAGAGAUCAACAUUUCAUUUCAGCUUCUCUCGAGGCACCAAAUCAAAAGAUGCCAGAGACUGCUUCAUUAUUUCUUUUGUUGAGCCAGUCAGGAAGUUCAAACACCAUGGGAGUUAGUUUACAUCUUUUCUGGGUUAUCAAUGCAUGACACUUGAGAGUAAAUGGUAUUUAACCCAGAUAUUGGACUAAUAAUUAGUAUUAUAAUUUUAAGUGUGUUUGUGUUUUAGCUAUAUGUUGUGUUUAUGGUUAUGAUAACAUGCUAUUCACUUAAUUAUUACAUAAUAAAUUAUUUAUUGAUUCUCCACAAUUCUUUUUUCUCUCUUUUAUUAGCGUACGACUUAUAGUAUGGUAAGGUUGUUGUAUUUUUCUGGUUUACUAUCUUGCUUGCGAUGGUUGUGAUUACAUCUGUACAUAUAUUUCCUUCAAGGCAAAACUUGAAACGUAAAGAUUCUGUGAUUACGUAAUCUACAGUUUCACCACAACAUGCUUCAACUGAUUUGAGUUCGAAUCCCAGCACGUGACACUUUCCCGCUUAUCUCUCUUAACUCUAAAAAGUAGGGGCGUUUCUAGCCCUUCAUCAGAGGAGCAUCUGUACUCUGCUGGGCUGCUUUAUUGGGACUAAUGAUAGACAUUGGUUUUGUUUAAGAUCCACCUCGUUAGUGCUCCGUUUCACUAGGAUAGGUCAGGACUUGUUUUAGAAAGCCAAAAAUAUACUCUUCAGGGUGGCUGGGUUGUGAUCUAAUCAUUUAAUAUUGUGUGUAAUCAUUUGUAGCUCAGC